AUGGCCUCAGUCCAAUCCUCAGUCAUCAACUUGACAAAGACAAUCAUCGGCGCAGGACUCCUGGCCAUCCCUUUUGCCUUCAAAGCUGACGGUAUCGUAUUGGGUAUCUCACUAAUCCUUAUUGCUGGGAUAGCUUCAUCUUAUGGAUUAUACAUUGUCGGUAAAGUUAGUGCCAAAGUCCCUGGUGAUACGUCUUAUUUUGCUCUCUGUGCUAUAACGUAUCCUAAACUGACCCUGUUGUUUGAUUUCUCCAUUGCUAUUCAAUGUUUUGGUGUGGCUUUAAGUUAUUUGGUAUUGAUUGGAGAUUUGGUUCCUUCGUUAAUUGGUGAUGUUAUUUCAAGAAACCAAGCCAUCUUGUUCUCUUUGGUUAUAAUCAUACCAUUAGUCAGUUUUAGAAAAUUGGAUUCUUUGAAAAUUGGUUCAUUAAUUGGAUUAUUAGCUAUUGGUUAUUUGACAGUAUUGGUUAUUUCUCAUUCAAUAUGGGAUGAUUGGUCCAAGACUCAAGGACAUGUUAAAAUUGUUGAGAUUGGUUCAAUAAGUGAUAUUUUAUCAACUUUUUCCAUAAUCAUAUUUGCAUUCACAGCUGCACAAAAUAUAUGUUCAAUUAUUAAUGAAAUUAAUGACAAGUCAAGAUUAAAUUUUGUUAUUGGAGCUGCAAAUAUAAUAGCAAGUGUAUUGUUCAUUAGUGUUGGUAUUGCAGGUUAUUUACAAUUUGGUGAUAAUGUUAAAGGGAAUGUGAUCUUGGAGUAUAAGAGUAAAUUAUUAAGUUCUAAAGUUGGUAAAUUUGCCCUAGUGUUGAUGGUUACAUUAUCAUAUCCAUUAAUGUUUCAUCCAUGUCGUUUAUCACUAAAUAAUAUGGUUCAUUGGAUUGAAUUGGAAGUUCAAAAGGAACAAUCACCAAUCAAUGAAUCAACCGCAUUAUUGAAUGAUGAAGAACAUAACUCUAAUAAUCAAAUCGUGCCAUUUUCAACAAAUAGAUUUGUGGUAAUCACUGUCUUGUUAACUUUAGCAACUUAUGGAUUGGCAUUAUCAAUAACUUCAUUUGAAUUGGUGUUAUCAUUAGUUGGUGCCACUGGAUCUACAUUGAUUUGUUUCAUCUUGCCUGGGUUAUUUGGUUAUAAAUUAUUUGAUGAUAAAGAUUUUAAUAAAAGUGCAAGUUUAACAUUAACAAUAUUUGGAUUGGUGGUGAUGAUUACAUCAGUCUUUGCAACUUUACGCUACAAUUAA